CUCCCCGCCGGCACCGCGGCGUGCCGGGGCAGAGCCGCGUGCGAGCGGGGAGCGCCAUGGCCGAGCGGCUGUCGGAGGAGCAGAUCGCCGAAUUCAAGGAGGCUUUUUCCCUUUUUGACCGGGAUGGAGACGGUUGCAUCACUACGAAGGAGUUGGGCACCGUCAUGCGGUCGUUGGGGCAAAACCCUACCGAAGCGGAGCUGCAGGACAUGGUGGGGGAGGUGGAUGCCGAUGGCAGCGGCACCAUCGACUUCCCUGAGUUCCUCUCGCUGAUGGCGAGGAAGAUGAGGGACACAGACAGCGAGGAGGAGAUCCGCGAGGCUUUCCGCGUCUUCGAUAAGGACGGCAAUGGCUACAUCAGCGCGGCGGAGCUGCGGCACGUCAUGACCAACUUGGGUGAGAAGUUGACGGACGAGGAGGUGGAUGAGAUGAUCAAGGAGGCCGACUGCAACAAUGACGGGCAGGUCAACUACGAGGAGUUUGUGAGGAUGAUGACGGAGAAGUGAGCCCCCCCCCCCCGCCACCCACCUCCAACCCCAUCCCACAGGGAACAGAGGUCAUGGUGGUCCCCCAGCCCCUUCAUCCCCUGCUGCCUUCUCUCCGCCAUUCUGGGCUGGAAAAUCCUCUUUUAUCCCAGCCGGAGCGUCACCAGCCAGCGUCUGCAUCGGAUGCGGGCAUCCUACCUGGCAGGAUGGGGCUCAGGGUGCAGAUGGACACGGGGGGUCUCUUCCCCCUGCCCCCCCAUGAGACGCACCUCUCAUGUCCAUAGAGGUGCCAGUGGCCAUCGCGCAUCCCCUGGCACCACGCCGAGUCCAAUAAAGAAAUGUCCCCCC